AUGAUGAGACCCAUCUGUUUGCACGCAUCAAAACAACAGGUGGUCAAUGUCGGAAUCGACGCAAAUGCGAAGAUGGGACUCGAACAGCAAUCCAAUGUGCUAGAAAAAUGGUAUUAUCCAGCGGAGUGCACGUCGGACAACGGUGACCGUCUGGUCGACUUGUGCGAACAGACGGGCCUCACCAUCGCUUACACGUUUAAGAGGAAUCAUCGACGCUAUCAGCUCACGUGGCAGGGGUCAACCCUUUUAACGCCUGAAGAGCAGCGCAAGCGGAAGAUGAGGACUCUUAAGCUUCAGCUCGACUACGUUCUAGCGAGGAACAUUCCUCAGUCAGAUAUCCGAAAAUCUAUAGCUGUUUGGGACGUCGCGUUCGACUCUGACCACCGUCCAGUUAUCCUCAGCUUCAAGAUACGGUUUCACAAGAGAAACUAA